AGUUUAGUGUAAUACGUCGAGGAAUCUCUAUUUUCGAGUUGCUAAAUCGUUUGCUGAAAAAAAUAAAAUAAAAUAGAACAAAAUGGACUUGUGUUGAUCUUAAGAAAUUUCAGUGUUUGAACUAAUUUGUUAUUUCAUUGUAACAUGUUCAACCCUAUUUCAGUUGCAUUCUGGUGUACAUUAGGAGUGUUACUAAUUAAAAGCUCAAGUGCUGAUUAUGGUUAUGGUUACGGAAGUCAUCCAGAUGAUGGCGGCCAGCAAGUACAAUCUAACGAUUGGGUAUGGGGCAGUGAUGACAUGCAUGCAGAACCUAAAGAAUUCAAGUCACUGCACGAAUUAAGUUAUGGACCUGAACAAUACUACACCGAUGACAAACCAUGUACCCAGCGUCCAAAGCAGCCAAUGAAUGCGAAUCUAAAGUGUACGCUAAAGACGAAUUCUUGCAAGGCUACGUGUUUGCAGGACUACGAGUUUCCAAAUGGUGACACUAGCAUGCAUAUUACUUGCGAGGAUGGCGUAUGGAGUGAAAUACCGUCAUGUGAACCGAUAUGUUUGCCACCAUGCCAAAACAAUGGAAUAUGUUUGCAGCCCGGCGAGUGCGCAUGUCCAGAGAAUUUUGUGGGAACUUAUUGUGAACAGGAGAAAAAGCUAUGUCUUUCACCACCAGCAUUGCCGAGAAACUCCAAGCGGAGCUGUAAUUCGAAAACUUGCACAAUAACCUGUGCCACCGGAUAUCGUUUCCCGGAUGGAACGUCUGUGACAAAUAUGGUAUGCAGCGAAGGCCGUUGGGUUCCAACUAGAAAGGAACUAGCGGCUAUUCCAGAUUGUCAAGCUGUGUGCACUCCUCCAUGUGAAAACGGUGGGCAUUGCCUUUCCCAUAACACUUGCCAAUGUUCCCCAUUGUUUCGUGGUCCCAGCUGUCAAUACAGUGUCGAAGUUUGUUCACCGAAGCGGUUGCAAUUUAACGGAGCGUACAAUUGUUCCGGCGACAACAAUCACAUAGCUUGCGUGUUGUCUUGUCCGCAAGGUGUUGAAUUUGAGUAUCCACCGCAGUCGAAAUACAUUUGCCUGUACGAGAAAGGGCAUUUCGAACCGUCAACCGUACCAAAAUGCAAAUUCAGUGAUGAUAUGGAAAUUAUCGAUCUGGGUGGAACGUCGAAAACGUUUUACUCAGCCCAAGAUCAAUCUAUGAUGUCUGGCCACAGCAGCAAGAGGAAAAAGGUCAAGAAAAUCAUUAGACAUGAAGCUGAGGAAGAGGAAGAAGACGAGGGCGAAAGUUACGAGAAAAUCAUUACUCAGACUAAAAUUAAAAUCAAGAAGGGUAAAAAAGGGAAGAGUAAAGGGAAGGGGAAGGCAUACUACGAGGAAGAGGAAGAGUACGAAGAUGAAUUCGAAAAUAUGGAAAUACCGGGCAUCUAUUCGUUGUACUUGACCAGCGAUGUGAACUAUAAAAUUCGAACACCGAAACCAGCCAUUUGUAUGACGUGGAACGGAAAUAAAGUCAAAACUUUCGAUGGACUGAUGUAUGACUCAAACCUGUACUGUUCACACAUAUUGGUUCAGGACUACGUGGAUGGGAGUUUCAGCGUCAUUUUACGUUCGUGUCCAUUCGAAGCAGAAGUUUCGUGUUCAAAUGCUUUGGAGAUAUUUUUGCAGGACCUGAGAUACACGUUCGACAAUGACGAUGGAGACAUAAGACUCUUUACCACCAAGAAACAACUUCCGAUUCCAUCGCAGCUGUCUGGUAUGCGAGUGACUUUGAUUGGUCACAAAUUGAAUAUAAUUUUGGAAACGGUUGGUGUGACGGUUCAUUGGGAUGGUCAUAAAAUGGUAUCGAUUGAAGCUACAGCCGGUAGUUUCAACCGCACUGCUGGUUUGUGUGGAACGAUGGAUCAAAGCGGAGAAAAUGAUUUUAUGUCCAAAGAUGGAACAGUGCAUAAAACACCUGCAACAUUCGUCGACUCAUGGCGAGCGGCUACAUUAGAUAUCGAUCCAGAUAAAUGUGCAAUGUCAGGCAAUAUCAUGAAUUUAGAGUGUCCAGAAGAUGUCCUCCAGGAAGCUAUUUCUGUAUGCAAGCGACUGGUCAACAGUCCGAAGUUCUCCAAUUGUUUAAAGGAAUGCGACAAGGAGUCACUGUUGAAGACAUGUACAUCGGAUUACUGCUAUUGCAGCGAUAAAGCAAAUCCGGCAAAAUGUGCUUGUGAUGGAAUAUCAGUUUUGGCGAAAGAUUGUCAAUUCCGAGGUGUAAUGCUGGAUCACGGUUGGAGGGACAUGGAAAUUUGUCCGAUAUCGUGCAAGGGAGGUCGUAUCUACAAACCAUGUGGACCUUCGUUCGAGCCGUAUUGUGGCAGUACCGUUGAAUCGUCGAACAAAACGUGUCACGAGGGAUGCUUCUGUCCAGAAGGAAUGAUUCAAAACGAAGGGGAAUGUAUUCACAUCGAAUCGUGUCCGUGUCAACUUCGAGGCAAGACUUUUAAGCCUGGAAGUCAAAUUUCGAAGGACUGCAAUACUUGUACAUGUGAAAAAGGCUCGUGGACUUGUUCAGAUUUGACUUGUGGCAGUCGUUGUUCUGCAAUUGGCGAUCCACAUUACCUGACUUUCGAUGGAAAACGGUUCGAUUUUAUGGGAAAAUGCUCGUAUUAUCUCGUUAAGACGGAUAACUUUUCAAUCGAAGCGGAAAAUGUAGCUUGUCCCGGAACUAUUUCCGAAGAAAUGUUUUUCGGUCCAUCUGGUGUUGAUCUGCCAUCCUGUACGAAAUCAGUAACUAUCAAUAUUAUCAACGGAGAUAAGAUCAAGUCGGUCAAAUUGAAGCAAGGCCGACAAAUUCUCGUCGAUGGCUUAGAAAUCGAAAUGCUGCCGAUUAAGCUUCUAGAAGGUGUUUUGAAAGUGAGACAAGCCAGUUCGACAAUGAUUUUGGUUACGUUUUACGAUGGACUGAAAGUUUGGUGGGAUGGUACUUCGAGGGUUUAUAUAGACGCACCGCCAGAGUAUCGGGGAAAAACGAAAGGUCUUUGCGGCACAUUUAGUUCGAAUAUUCAAGAUGAUUUCCUUACACCGGAAGGUGAUAUUGAAUCGUCGGUAACAUCGUUUGCAAAUAAAUGGAAAACGAAGGAGACGUGCCAGUAUGUCUCGGAUGGUUUUGUUCCUCAUCCGUGUCAUUUGAACAUCGAAAAUAAGGAAGUUGCAAUAAAGACAUGCGAAUUGCUAAAAGAGGAAGUAUUUGCUGAAUGUCAUUGGUCUGUAGACGUUGAACCAUUUUACGAAGAUUGCUUAUACGAUGUUUGCGCUUGUAAGGGAGACGUUUCUCAUUGCGUUUGCCCAGUGUUCGCUGCUUACGCAAACGAAUGCUCACGGCAGGGUGUAGUCGUUAAUUGGAGACAUUCGGUUCAUCAGUGUGCUGUUCAAUGCCCGGCCGGACAGAUUUUCGAAGAAUGUGGUGAUGAAUGCUUCCGCACUUGCACCGACAUUCAAUUGGAUGAUAAGUGCACAUCAUCUUGUGUAGAGGGAUGUCGGUGUCCUCCUGGCUUAAGUUUGAACGAUCAAAAUGAAUGCAUUCCGACAAAAAUGUGUCCUUGCAUGUACAAGGGUAUGAUUUUCAAUCCGGGCUACAAGGAAGUUCGUCCUGGUGCCAAAUAUUUGGAACUUUGUACAUGCUCUGGCGGUAAAUGGUCAUGCGAUGAGGCUAAUGAUGACGAUCGUAUAGACUAUCCACCAGCGGCUGAUAUGAGGGAUCGUUGUUUGUCAUCGAAAAAUGAAGAGUUUACUACAUGCGAGCCAUCCGAACCGAAAACCUGCAAGAACAUGCUAUCAUAUUUUCCGUCAACCACGGCUGAUUGUCGUCCUGGAUGUGUUUGUAAAAGUGGCUAUGUUCUGGACGUUGUUUUAAAGGAGUGUGUUCUACCUAAGGACUGUUCUUGCCAUCAUGGUCAUAAAAGUUACAGCGAUGGCCAAUCAAUUGUUAACGAAUGCAAUACUUGCAUGUGUAAAGGUGGUAGCUGGGAAUGUACCACACUGGAUUGUCCUGCUACUUGCACGACAUGGGGAGACUCUCACUUUGAAACCUAUGACGGCAAGGAUUUCGAUUUUCAAGGUGCUUGUAGCUACGUUUUAUCCAAGGGAAUGCUUAGUGGUGGCGAAGGCUUUUCGGUGACAAUUCAAAAUGUUUUGUGCGGUUCAUUGGGUGUGACUUGCUCCAAAUCAGUGACUGUGUCGCUUAUUGGUCCACAUGUCGAAACUAUAACUUUAGUGUCUGACGAAGACCUUAAUGCCCAAGCAAUUGCCAAAUUAGAUAAAUUGUCGGUUCAUCGCGGUGGAAUAUUCGUGGUGGUUGAAGCGCCUGGCUUAGGACUACAGGUCAAAUGGGAUAGAGGAACGCGAGUUUACGUCAAAUUGACUUCAAUGUGGAACGGUAAGGUGCAAGGUCUUUGCGGUAAUUUCAAUGGCGACGCACAGGAUGACCUGAAGACACCAUCAUCUGGAAUCGAAACGAGUCCCGUCAUAUUUGGUGAUUCAUGGAAGUUGCAAGACUUUUGUGCGAAACCGACCGAACAAAUCGAUACGUGUGAAGAACAUCCACAACGAAAGACAUGGGCCCAGAGGCAAUGCGGAAUUUUGAAGACUGAUGUAUUCAAAUCGUGUCAUUCGGAAGUUCCGGUUGACAUGUACAUGAAGAGAUGUAUCUAUGAUUCUUGUGCGUGCGAUCAGGGUGGCGAUUGUGAGUGUUUGUGUACUGCCUUGGCUGCUUAUGCAAUGGCCUGUUCUAUGAAAGGAAUACCAAUUAGGUGGCGAACUCCAGAUUUGUGUCCUAUGCAGUGUGACCCACAUUGUUCUGAGUACAAUGCAUGUGUACCAUCAUGCCCCAUUGAAACAUGCGAUAACAUUCUCGACCAAGGAAAAGAUCAACGAAUGUGCAACGACGACACAUGCGUUGAAGGGUGUAAGAUCAAACCAUGCCCAGACGAUCAGAUAUACCUCAAUAAUACAUUUACCGAAUGUGUUCCGAAAUCGAUUUGCAAGCAUAUCUGCAUGGAACGUGAUGGAAUUACGUACUACGAAGGUGACUUAAUGGAUGGAGAUGCGUGUUCCACUUGUCGUUGCAGUCGCGGAAAAGUAAUUUGUAUUGGAUCACCAUGCGAAAUUGAACAUUCAACUGCAAAAUCGUACCGCGAUACGGAAGACAUAUGUAAGAGUGGUUGGAGUCCGUGGAUAAAUCAAGACAAAGGCGACUCCGGUGGACUGAAAACUAAAUCGAAAAAUAAGGGAUUGAAAGUGGGCGAUAACGAACCGUUGCCAACUUUGAUGGUGCUGAAAAAUCUGGACGGUCCCGGUUCUUGCGGACUGGAAUAUAUAAAACAUAUUGAAUGCCGAACGGUUAACAGCCAUUUGGACAUUAAAACAACGGGCGAAGAUGUUGAAUGUGGCUUAGAAAAGGGCUUGCGAUGCUUCGGAUCGUGCAGCGACUACGAAAUCCGAGUAUUUUGUGCGUGUGAAGACGAAGUCGAAAUAUUUACACUUGCCACUCCCACGAAAAUGAAGCCAACCCCAAGCAAAAUAAUGGAAUAUCCGACUACUGUUGUUGUCCCAAUACCGUCGAAAUCAUUGGUCAACACGAAAUGCGAUCCCGCAAUACCACACAUCGAAUUCCCAGGCGAUUGUUACAAAUUCCUCCAUUGUUCACCGAUGCCAAAUGGAAAUUGGGAGUACGUGGAAAAGACCUGCGGUCCGACGAUGAUGUUCAAUCCAGUUGCAAUGGUCUGUGACUGGAUCUACUCGGUGGUUGCAAUGAAACCGUGGUGUGGAGAACCAGAACCAAGUAAAUGUCCAGCUGGUGAAGAGUGGAGUGAUUGUGCGGUACCAUGCGGCAAGGCAUGUCACUACUUUGCGAAGGACUUGGUCAGAAAAGGUUUGUGUACGCACGGUGCUAAUGUCUGCGAAGAAGGAUGUGUCGACUCAUCUCGUACAAUGUCGUGUCCACCUAGGCAUUUGUGGCGAGAUAAUAAAUUAUGCGUUGGAUUGGCCGACUGUCCGUGUAUGAGUAACGAUGGAAGCUUAGUUAUGCCGGGUGCUACUUACAAGGAAUCAGAGUGUGAGGUUUGUCAAUGCAUUGAUAGUUCCUACAUUUGUGACACAACAUUCUGCCAGAAGCAGAAGAAUGAUAUGUAUCAUGUGGAAGACUUUGACGUUAAACCCACCGCGUAUCCUACAGAGGCGCCAAUAAUUAUUCUCAGUACAGUAACACCGCCGUUACUCUGUAGCGAAGAAAAGCUCGUAACAAUGAUUGAGGGAGAUAAUCCUUUACCCGACUCAGCAUUUGGAUGCAGCAGCUACUUGGGAUCAUCAUUUAAACCUCAAUAUUCCAGAUUGAAUUCGAGACCAACUUCUGAAUCAAGCGGCAGUUGGUCACCAGAAAUUAAUGAUCAAAUGCAGUACUUGGAAAUUGGAUUUACCAAACCUGAACCGCUGUUCGGUGUCAUCAUACGGGGCAGUCCCAUUUUCGAUCAAUAUGUGACGAGCUUCAAAAUUCUGCAUUCCUUUGACGGUAUUGCUUUCCACUAUCUUGUCGACGAGACAAAACAUCCGCAAAUCUUCAGUGGAUGUAUUGAUUCUAAGGCGCCAGUGAAGUCGAUGUUCAAAAUUCCGAUCGAGGCUAAAACGGUGCGCAUUUACCCACUGACGUGGCAUGGAUCUAUUUCCAUACGUGUCGAAUUGCUUGGAUGUUCUCGUGGAGAAAAGCCGAAAACUACUACCACAACACCAAUCCCGAUCAUAGUUCAUGAAACAACUCACGUAGAAUAUGAAAUUGUUCCACUGUGUGAGGAUGCGAUGGGCGUGGAAGAUGGGUUAAUGAAGCCGAGCCAAGUACAAGCUAGCUCAACAAAAACAUCGAAGACGUCGACGCCAAUUUUGGACAUGUUGAGAUUGUCCUCGUCAAAGGGCUGGACACCAAACCUGAACACACCCAACGAAUUUGUUGUUUUCGACUUCCUACAACCAUCACAUCUUACUGGUAUCAAGACUAAAGGUGGAGAUUAUGGCUGGGUGUCUGCGUUCACGAUAAAAUAUUCAUCGGACGAUUUUAUAUGGAACGAGAUUCAGGAUGUGAACGCGCAACCGAAAGUUUUUCUAGGAAACGUCGACUCCACCGCAGUCAAAACGAACUUCUUCCAAUAUCCAGUCAACGCUAGAUAUUUGAAAAUAGUCCCGAUCAAAUGGCAUGAAACAAUCGAACUAAAGGCAGAGCCGUUGGGUUGCUUUAAACUUUAUCCCGAUGAACUUGAACAAUAUGUGCGAUACACGGCCAAGCCACCUGAACCAACUGAAAUCGUAUGCGACGUUUGUCCUGGUGUACUAUACUCACCAUUGCCAGUUGCUGGCACCUGCAGAUGCUACGAACCUUUAGUCUGGAACGGGUAUUCAUGCGUCCCUAGAACUGAAUGUCCUUGUUUAGUCGGUCAUAUUCAGUACGCCGUUGGAGCCGCUUACCAUCUGGAUGACUGUUCAUCAUGCCUCUGUACAAUUGGUGGAGUUCCACAAUGCAAACCACGCGAAUGUCCGCCAUGUGGCAAGGGAUUGAGACCAGUGAAAUCGGCUACAUGUGUUUGUCUAUGUGAACCGUGCCCGAUCAAUGAAGUCAUGUGUCAAACUAGCGGUGAUUGCAUUCCGGAGAAGGCUUGGUGUGAUGGGAUACAGGAUUGUCCUGACGAUGAAAUCAUGUGUUCGAACAUGCAUGCUCAGACACCGAAGGUUGUGCAAAAAGUCGAGGAGAAAGUCACAAUAAUCAAAACCUGUCCAGAACCUAAAUGUCCGCCCGGUUUCAACAUAAAGGAAAGCGGUGCUAAACAAACCAAACAAAAAAUGUCGCCAAUGUUCCAGACGUCACAACGAACCACUAAAACAACAUCGACCGGAGGUGUAAAAACUUCUACCAAGAAAUCUCAGAGCGUUGACGAUGACUUGGAGGAAUGCAUCGAAUUUAUUUGUAUUCCCGAACGACCAACACCUUCCCCUGGCCGUGUACAACCAGAAAAGCCUAUCUGUCCAGAGCCAGAAUGUCCGAAGGGCUAUGAAAUCGUGAUGGACAAUCACGUCCUCGGUCAAGAUGUAUGUGCAAAAUAUUCGUGUGAACUGAUGCCACUAGAGGAUGCCGUCUGUAAUGUAACCGGAAAAACGUUUAGCACGUUUGAUGAAACAGAGUUCAAGUACGACAUUUGCGAUCACAUUUUAGCCAGAGAUUUGGUCAACGAUUAUUGGAGUAUCCAAAUUCUGAAGAACUGCACUGCUGGCAAUUUCAUCUGCAGCAAGGAGUUAACAAUCAACGACAAAAAGGCAAAUUUAGUGAUAACCCUCUACACAGACUUGACUCUGAUGCUGGAUGGCUAUAAGUUCACUGUUGAUCAACUGCAAAAGUCCACCCAUCCCAAAAUGGAUGCAUUUGUGCUGAACAAAGUGGGUAACACGAUAGUGUUCGUUUCGAAUCUCCACGCAUUUUGGGUGACGUUCGACGAAUUUGGCGAUGUGAAAAUCGGUGUGUGCACAACAUAUAUCGGCAAAGUUGAUGGUCUAUGUGGCUACUUCAAUGGGUUCGCUUCUGACGAUAAGCGACUUCCGUCUGGUGAACAAGCACUGUCUACUGUUGAUUUUGGUGAUGGCUGGUUCGUUUCCCCAGAUAAGACGAAUUACUGUGAACCUCGCGCUUGUCCCAAAGAAAUGCAAGAUCAGGCCUGGGCCAUAUGCAACACAAUAACGCACGAUUCAUUCAAAUCUUGCUCCAAAGCAGUCAACAAGGAUCGAUUUAUAUCAAAAUGUUUGGAAACGGCUUGCGAUUGUCUAAUGGCAUCGACGCAACUACAAUCGUAUGGCAGUACGUUGCAAGCACCACUUCAAGAAUGCAAAUGCUCCAUGCUGCAGAAUUAUGCGGUCGAAUGUUUAACAGCUGACGAGAGCGUUAUUUUGGACACAUGGCGAUCUGUACAUGAAUGCGAAAUCAACUGUGCACCUCCGCUGGUUCACAAGGACUGCUAUCGGCGAAAAUGUGAGCCGUCUUGUGACAAUGUUCAAUCAAAUGAAUGUAAUUACCUACCUGGCUCCUGUUUCUCGGGAUGCUACUGUCCAGACGGCAAGGUUCGUAAGGGUAAUGACUGCGUUUCUGUGUCGGAUUGCAAGGACUGCGUUUGCGACGGUUUCGGUAAAUCGCAGUACAUCACCUACGAUCGCAAUAAUUUCACAUUCGAUGGAAACUGCACGUAUCUGCUGACUCGCGAUGUUAUGCUGACAAAUGUUCACACCUUCCAGGUGUACACUACAUUAGGACCGUGCGAAUCGACCAAAAAAUAUUCAAACAGCGGAUCGUGUACGCAAUCACUUCAUAUACUCUACGGCUCCCACAUCGUGCAUCUUCAGCGAGAUGACAAAAAGAAUACCAUUACGACAAUUGUCGAUGGUAUAGUGGUCAACAGCUUACCUCUACAAAAGCCAUGGAUCGAAAUUUCGGUACAGACGGGAAGGGAGAUAAAAAUUGAUCUACCAGAAUCGCAGGUGGAAGUAAAGGCCUUGUUUGACGACCUGUCGUUCUCCAUCAGUCUGCCUAGCGUUAAAUACGGAUCUAAGCUGGAAGGGUUAUGCGGAGACUGUAACGGAUACCCUGAUGACGAUCUCAAAGUCAAUCCGAAGGCAAAAGAUAUCAAAACGAACACCUUCAACGAUGUCAUUCAAUCUUGGUUGUCUGAUGAUCCAGCGCUUCCGAAUGGAAACGAAUGUUUGAGCGAAGAAGUUGCUGAAAUAGAUUGCAUUCCUCUGCCACCGGAUCAAGAUCCUUGUCUAGAAAUUCUUAACGAAGAAGCGUUCGGAGAGUGUAACCUCCUCGUUGAUCCCAUAAUGUACUUGUCACUUUGUCAAAAAGAUAUGUGUAAAACUGGACCGAAUCAGGAAGGUGCCUGUGCUCACGUUGCAGCUUAUGCUAAAGAAUGUUCCAGGAGUGGAAUAUGCGUCGACUGGAAGAAAAACCUGUGCAAAGCCAAUACCAAAUGUCCGACGGGAAUGAUCUAUAAAGCUUGCGGUUGUGAGAAAACUUGUGAAACUGUCAAACAACAAAAUGACUUCAGAGAUACAGCAGCUAAAUCCAAAACGAAGGUCAACUAUUUCCACAGUCUAACCGAAGAUUGUUCAGUUCCGAUAGGAGAGGGUUGUUUCUGUCCCGACAAUAAAAUCAAUCAGAAUGGCAAAUGCAUUCCAGAGAAUCAAUGCUAUCAAUGUGAUGAUGAAGGCCACUUCCCUGGUGAUAAAUGGUUCCUUGACAAAUGCAACGAAUGCGAAUGUGGCUCGGACGGAAAAGUCAAAUGUGUGAAAUUGGAAUGCUCCUCUCGAGGUAUCGUUUGUGAAGCAGGAUUCAAACAGAUGAUCAUAAGUGACGACGGAGAAUGCUGUCCCGUUUACAAAUGCGUUCCUGAACCCAAAAAACCGAAACUGAUAAGCUGUCCCGAUAAACCACUGCCGCAAUGUGGUCCAGAUCAAUACAACAAAAUGGACAUUGACGCUGACGGUUGCUCCAAAUACAUUUGUGAAUGUAAACCCAUUGAGGAAUGCCAACCAUUACAAUCGGUUACACUUCGGCCUGGUGAGGUCGAGUCUUUAGAUCAAUCGGGAUGUUGUCCAGUCAAAAAAGUCAUUUGUGAUAAGUCGAAAUGUCCGCCCAAGAUUCUGACAUGCAGCCAAGAAUUCUAUGAUCCAGUUUUGGUAUCAGAUCCGAACGAAUGUUGCGACGAGUAUGUGUGUAAACCACCAAAGAACCUAUGUUUAGUAGAGGAUAAAGAAUACCAAAAAUACAUCAGCAUCGGAGAGACCUGGCAGACAUCGAAUCCGUGCAUAAACAAGAAAUGUAUCACAGAUCCCAUCGAUGGCAAAGCAAAAUUGGUGGAAUUCGUUGAAGAGUGUUUCGUGAAAUCUUGUCCACCCGGCUUUGAAAUGCAAUUAUCCGAUGGAAAGUGUUGCGGCACCUGCGUUCAAACUAAAUGUGCCUUUGAAUAUGACAUUUAUGGUCCUGGACAGGUAUGGCACAGCCAAGAUAACUGUACGACGUACAAAUGCAUCGAGGUGUCCGGACAGUUUGUGGUAAAUUCUAUGCUGGAAACGUGUCCUGAUAUUACCGAUUGUCCCGAUUAUAAGCGAUACUUCAAAGGAUGCUGCCAGUACUGCAAAGAUGACACCCAAAGUCUCAGUAAUUGCUUGGCUACAUCAUUAGGCGAUUCAGAAACCAUUCAGAUGGUGGAGAAAUACGUCGAUAAACACGGAAUUUGUAAAAAUAUUGUCCCGAUUCGCGGCUACGUGGAGUGUAACGGAGCCUGUAAUUCAGGAACACGUUAUAAUCGGGAAACGUUCAAGCAAAAGAGAGAAUGUGAGUGUUGCUCCGUGGGGAGGUACGAUGAAAUAAACGUGAAAUUGGUGUGUGACGACGGAUAUUCGACGGAAGUAUUGAUCAGUGUUCCUAGCCAGUGUUCGUGUCAGCCAUGCGACGGUGACUAUGACAAAGGGAAAUCAUUCAAAACCAGCUCAUUCAAAGUUCCAAUGAUGUAAAUGAACCUCUUGAAGUACAAUAAAAUAGUUUUAAAGUUGGAAAUAAA